AUGAAAUGCGACAAGGCUCUCCAGUGUCUCGUUGGCGGUUGGGGUUUCCUCAACGCCACUAUCUCCAACACCACCACCGGUGAAAUCAUCCCGGAGUGGCAUAGCCCAUACCCCUCCGGUGGUGCUGUCUGGACCUCGUCGGGUCACUUGUCCUUCAUCGUCACCUCCAACGACACCACCGAGGCCGAUGUCCGCCCCAAGGAGCUCUCUCUCCCGGCCAAGCCCACCGACCCCGACUCCCGCUGGGCUCUCGUGGGACAGCACAGCCUUGCUGUUCUCGCGACCACCCAGUUUACCGAGAUCACCAGCUGCGGCGGCGAGGGAGAGAAGAGGAUCAACGGACGUGACUGGGGCCAUGGCCGGGGCGGUAAGGGCCAGCAGGGCAAGCCUGAUUUCUACAAGUCAAAGGGCAACAAGGGUGACGAGGAUUGCGAUGGCAACGGCAAGAAGGGACCCUCUGGAACCUUGGUCAACGACGUCAUCUCGGCCACUCUCCCCAGCUGGGUCGGACUGAAGCUCGUCAACAACUUCGAGUUUUAUGAUGACUGCAAUGUUCAGGUCCAGCGCUCCCAGGUGGCUCCUGACCUGGUCCAGACUGUCUGGUUCUACCGUCGCCCCCAGGUCAACGUCUUCGCCUAG